AUGCAUCAUUUGCAUCCUUUCAUAAGACAAUCCUUAGAUACAGUGAACCAAUAUUUUGAUGAUUUAAUAUUGAAGGAUCAAGAUGUUUUGAAAGAUGAAAGUUGUUGGAACAAAGUUUUAGGGUGUAUUCCUAAUGAGGAAACUUGUGAUGACUUCAAUCCAUUAAAUGUCCCAACAAUCAAAUCACUCAAAGAGCUGGAUAGAUUUGGUAAGGAAAAAUCCAUGAUUGUAGGUUAUGAGAAAAUAUCAUUAAAUUCACAUAUAGAAUAUUUUGAACAUUUUGUUCAAAAUAUAGAAGCUGGAAAAAGAGAUAAAUUAGUAGCAUUAUUUAUUGGAUUUUAUCUUAAAAAAAAAGGAAAGAAAAAUUAUUUACUAGAAAAACAAACCACACAUGGUAAUAAAUAA